GAAACUGCAGCAAGUGUUCAGCGCACUUUCACCAGCCCUGCCGUCGACUGAGGACAUGUUUUUGCUACUACACCUACAGUACUUUUGUGUCCAUGUUAGCUUAGCAGUACAUGCAUAAAGAUGAAGAAGAUACAUUUAACAACGACCAGCGUAGAACUCGAAAAGGAUGAGGAACAAUGUAAAGAAUUCCCUUUUCUUCUGUGUGACUUGCUGCUGUUCCCUUAAACGCGGCAGUUGGUCCAUCCAGUGCCAAAACAAAAUGAAAAGACUCCAUUUGAACUUGACUUCUACAAGUGGAUGUGAUCAGCAAAAGUCCUUCACUACACAAAAGUAGGGACAGUCCAUGGACUUAAGUGUCUCCCAAAGGCUGGUUCAUCCAGGCCGAGAUUCGGCUAUGCUGGCCCCCCACCGUUCCAUAUUCCUGGGACACUUUACCUCACAGCACUACUCCCAGUUUUCCCCCCAACAGUUGCAGUACAACACUGAACAAACGCAAAGAGAGAUGGAGGCAGAGAAACAAGAAGAGCUGCAGCAGCUAAUACGAAAGACUAAAAAUGAGCAAAGUGCUAUAGCCAGUCCUCUGGUGAAGCAGAAACUGAGAGAGCACAUCAUUAUGAAGAACCAGCCCACUCAUGACAGGCUCACCCCCAAACUCAGCGGUCCUACACCAGGGUACAGGCACCCAGUUUCAGACAUGUCCCCAAAGCCUCAGCCGUCACCCACUGACACCCGGCCUAAGGAACUGCGAAGAACAGUCUCUGAGCCAACGUUGAAGUGGAAGUUAAAGAAGCUCAUCAGCACAAGACCAAACCCUUUGCAGAGAAAAAUUAGUGCCCCUCCUGCUGUGAAGCACAAGACAGAAACUCUGGACUCUUCUCCCAGCAGCACCCCAGCAUCGGACUGUAGUUCUACCAACGACAGCCUCCAGUCAGACAAUGGAGUCCUCCCAGUGGCUCAUGAAGCACAGAGACUUCUGCUGAAGGAUGGCAGAUUGGCCCAUUUUACCCUGCCUACCAACCCGACUGCCAUGCCCAACAUUACAGCAGGACUGCCUGCACAGGCUGACCCACGAGUAGCCAAGACCCUGGCAGUAUCCGCUCUGCCUCAAGUCUACUUACCUCUCGAUGGAAGCUUUACAACCCAGGCUCACGGCCUGCAGCCUGUGCUCAUACUGGAACCACAUACUGGGCUUGUACACUCCCAACUUAUCUCCUAUCAAGGUUUGAGUCCUCAACCUCUGCAACAGCGACCUCACUUGACCUCCCCUACAAGAAGGGAAGGCCAUGUCACCUUUUCCUCCCACAAGCCCUUGGAGCGAACACGCUCUGAACCUCCUCCCUACAGCCCCUCACACCUUGCUUUGCACGUCAGCCAUCCCACUCACACACAGCACCAGCUGCCUCAGCAAUGCCACAAGAGUGGGAUGGAUAGGUUUAAGCUAAAUUCCCACCUGAGCAAGAUCCCAUCAGAGGACAUGGACCUGGAGGAAAUCGGAUCCGAGUCUGGGUCUGUAUGUGGCUCUGAAGCGGGAUCCGUUUGUGAGGAGAGCUUUCACAGGAGACAGAGCACUGCCAGCACCGACUCUGUUUAUGACACCGAGUCCACUACCUCGUCACGGGAAAGCUUGAUUGAGACGUCACAUUCUGUCAGCCAGAGGCAGUUGGCCCAUAGACCAGGAUUCCUCAUGGACUGCCCUAAUGUGCCUGUCCUGAUGUGGCCUCACCAGCCUCUGGUUCGGACUCAGUCCUCUCCAGCCUCAACAUCCGUGCCUCAUCCAUCUUCAGUCGUGCCAGUGUCUCUAUCCAAUCCGGCUUCAGAUGUCCAACUGCGCUUCACCACUGGUCUAGUUUACGACGCUCAGAUGCAAAAGCACCAAUGCACCUGUGGGGACAACAGCUGCCAUCCAGAGCAUCCUGGGAGAGUCCAGAGCAUUUGGUCCCGACUGCACGAAAGAGGCCUCCGGAGCCAAUGUGAGCAUAUUCGCAGUCGGAAGGCCUCUCUAGAAGAGCUACAGUCAGUCCAUUCAGAAAAACAUGUGCUUCGGUACGGCACCAACCCUCUCCACCGCCUCAAGCUGGACAACCCAAAGUUGGCCCGAAUCUUGGUUCAACGGAUAUUUGUAAUGUUACCAUGUGGAGGAGUGGGGGUAGAUAAUGACACAAUCUGGAACGAGCUUCACACGGCAGCAGCUUCUCGUAUCGCUGCCGGCUGUGUCACCGACCUGGCACUGAAGGUGGCACAAGGAGAGCUGAAGAAUGGCUUUGCAGUGGUGAGGCCACCUGGGCACCAUGCAACACACUCCUCACCUCUGGGCUUCUGUUACUUCAACUCUGUAGCCAUCGCUGCCAAGCAACUCCAACAGAAACUCAGUGUAGGCAAGAUCCUCAUUGUUGACUGGGAUGUUCACCAUGGCAAUGGCACCCAGGAAGCCUUCUAUAACGACCCAAGUGUCCUGUAUAUAUCCAUACAUCGCUAUGAUAAUGGCAACUUCUUCCCCGGUGGUGGACAUCCAAAUGAGGUUGGUGCUGGGGAAGGCGAGGGUUUUAACGUGAACAUUGGAUGGACAGGCAGUUUGAAUCCUCCCAUGGGUGAUGCUGAGUAUUUGGCUGCAUUCAGAGCUGUGGUGAUGCCCAUCGCCCACGAGUUUUCCCCCGACGUUGUGCUUGUGUCGGCGGGCUUCGAUGCUGUGGAAGGUCAUUUACCAUCACUGGGAGGCUACAAGGUCACAGCUAAGUGUUUUGGCUUUUUAACCCGACAGCUGAUGUCACUGGCCGGCGGUCGGGUGGUUCUAGCGCUGGAGGGCGGACACGACCUCAAGGCCAUCUGUGACGCCUCUGAAGCCUGCGUCAGUGCCCUGUUGGGCAUGGAGGUGGAGCCACUGGCACAGUCCGUGUUGGACAAGAAGCCCUGUGAAAACGCCGUGCAGUCACUACUGAGUGUCAUCCAGGUUCAAGGCGAGUACUGGCAGAGCGUGAAGGACUCGGGCGCCACGGCGGAGCUGUCCUACCUGCAGGCCCAAAGGAGGUGGCUGAGGCGAGACUCGGACAGCGAGGCCGUCAACGCCAUCGCCGCGCUGUCGAUGACAGCUGGCGCCUCCGACAGGAAUCAUUCGGAAACGACGCCAGAGAAAAGUCAUUCCACAUGAAGAGGGAAUCCUGAAUUUGGACACGAAGCAGACAUUUCCUCAACUGAGUGGAGGCAGACGUAUCUCUGAGUCUUACUUCUAAGCCUUCACCUUGUAAAUGACCCUCACGCCACCUGCUGCAGCCUUGAAGGCCAGGUCGAAGGUCACCGGUGGCAGAAGAAAGAGUCGUCCCUGCUGGAUGUACCUGUGAAGCAGAGCAGACGUUCCCUCUGCACUCGUCCACGUCUGAUGAUGUCACUCCCGCUAACCCAAACAAAAACCUGCCUUUUGCACUAUACACUGUAGGAUGUUGACGUGGACAUGUGGACAUUUUUUUAUGCUCACGUCUAUUUUGGUAAAGGUCCAGCAUCCUUUGACCAAGCUUCACCUUCACCCUGACUAGUUUGGAAGCAUUCGAGCCUUUCUAGCAUCUGCUUUUAUCCCCGAGUCAAGACACAAAUCACCCAUGAUGCCUCAGUGCGGCGUAACCACUCAUCGAUGAUUGAUGUCCGGUGUCAGGAGUCCAGUGGACGUGCUUUUGGUAUGUUUUUUUUGUACCUGUGGACAAGCAUUCCUGCUGUGUUUCUUAUUAAACGUUUUGUAUUUCCUCACUAACAAUGACCGUUGGUGUUGACCUGAGUCAUGUUAGCAGUAAUACUUUGAUUGUUACACACGUACAGCACAACUGGAAACAGGUUGAGCGCACACAUUUAUUAGAACAACGUGCCGUCUGCGGACUGGCUUGGCUUUAAAGAGUUUGUGAAUGUGUUUUUUUUUUGUGUGUGUGUGUAAUCUGAAAUGUUGAACACCGAAGUGUCUAAAGUAAUUCUGUUCUCAAAGUAAGAACUACCUUAUUUUUUUAUUUAUACGUUGAGAUUCAUUGAGGUGCUUGACAGCGCGAUAGAUUGUUUGCUGAUACCUGAUGUUUGCGCUGUGUUUCCUCCCUUCUAUUGUCGCUCACCUCCACGCCGUGCAUUCAUUCACCAACGACAUCGCUGACAAUGUGAAAACAAACCACGGCGCCGUGGCCGAGCUUUACCUGUAAUCACUCACCUCUUGUCUUAAUGAAAGAUUAUUUUUGUAUAUGAUUGAAUGAAAAACAGGAUCCACCAUGUGCUUAUUUAGAGACCAAAUGGUGAAAUGAAGUAUCUGACCAAGCUGUGUGAAAGCCUAUUAGAUUUUUUUUAAAUUUUUUUUUUUACUUUUUAACAUUUCUACUGUUUAUCCCCGCACCCAAAAAAUAAGGAAUAAAUUCAUUUGAAAAAAGGCGACUCCUUUAUGUUU